AUGGGUCUUGAAGACAACGUUCUAGUGAGAAAGUUUAUCGAUGUGGGUGACAAAAAGGCUGGGUCUACCACUAUGGGUAUAGUUGUGGGUAUAGUGGCUGCUUUUGGUGGUAUCUUGUACGGGUAUGACACAGGUACUAUCAAUGGUAUUAUGGCUAUGGAACAUGUGAAGAGCACGUUUCCGGCCAAUGGUCAAGAGUUUACUUCUUCCGAAACGUCCUUGAUUGUUUCCAUUUUGUCUGUGGGAACAUUCUUUGGAUCUGUUGCAACGCCACUUAUCAGUGAUACUUUGGGAAGAAGAUGGUGCUUGAUCUUGGCUUCCAUAGUGGUCUUCAAUUUGGGAGCUGUUCUUCAAACAAUUGCUACAAGUAUACCUUUACUUUGUGCUGGAAGGGCUAUUGCUGGAGCUGCCGUUGGUUUGAUUUCUUCGACUGUGCCUUUGUAUCAGUCUGAAGCUGCGCCAAAAUGGAUCAGAGGCGCUAUUGUUUCGUGCUACCAGUUGGCUGUGACUAUUGGUAUCUUUUUGGCUGCCUGCUUUAACCAGGCUACCCAUAAACUCAGCAACUCAGGCUCAUACAGAAUCCCACUAGCCCUUCAGAUUCUUUGGGGGUUGAUUUUGGGUAUCAGCAUGUUUUUUAUGCCAGAGACCCCAAGAUUUUAUGUUUCUAAAGAAAAGGAUGAGAAAGCCUUGAAAUCGCUUUCUAGGCUCAGGAAGCUUCCUACCGAUGAUCCUGACUUGUUGGAAGAGUUCAACGACAUCAAAGCUGCUUAUUUGUUUGAAUGUGAGUUCGGAAAAUCAUCAUGGCGUCAAGUCUUUUCCCGCAAGAAUCACCAACAGAAACGUUUGUUGACUGGUAUCUUGUGUCAAGCUUUCCAACAAUUAACUGGCGUCAACUUCAUCUUUUAUUUCGGUACCAAUUUCUUCAACGCUGCUGGAGUCGACGGGUUCACUACCAGUUUGGCAACCAAUAUUGUCAAUGUUGGCGCCACUAUCCCAGGUAUCUUUCUUAUGGAGAUUGUUGGCAGAAGAAACAUGUUGCUAGGAGGUGCUGCUGGCAUGUCCACUUCCCAGCUCGUGGUCGCUAUCGUUGGAGUAGCCACUGACUCCGACUCGUCAAAGAAGGUGCUUGUUGCUUUCUCAUGUAUUUUCAUUGCCUUCUUUGCAGCCACCUGGGGCCCUUGUGCAUGGGUUGUCAUUGGUGAAUUGUACCCCUUGAGAACCAGAGCUAAGUCUGUCUCUCUCUGUAUGGCUUCCAACUGGUUAUGGAACUGGGCCAUUGCUUAUGCUACUCCAUACAUGGUCGACAAAGAUAAGGGUAACUUGGGCACCAGUGUGUUCUUUAUUUGGGGUGGCUGCAACCUUAUCUGCUUUAUCUUUGCCUGGACCUUGAUCUACGAAACCAAGGGCCUUUCUUUGGAGCUGGUGGACGAGUUGUACGAAAAGGUGGGUUUUGCCUGGAAGUCCAAGGGCUUUGUCCCAACCGAGCACUUCAACAGAGUUACUCAAGACCUCCCAGACUUGACAGAUCUCGAGAAAGAGCAGGUUUCUGUCCGUGAAAUGAGCGUCUAG